CCAUCAGUUCUUUGGCUUUGCCGAUCUCCUCCGGGAUGGACACCAGCUUGUUGUUGCUCACGAGGAGAACUUUGAGCGGCAGGUUGAACAGCAGAUGAGGCCAGGUUUAAGGCGUGGUCUGCGGCUCUGCUGGCUGUUGACGAACACACCAGGUACCAUCUGUGGGGAAGAGGCCCGUACAGAUGCUCCAACCAUCAAUCUCCUCCCUCCACCCAGCUGGGAUUCAUCGUCAGGUUUGGAGGAGAAAUGAUACUAUUUUCUCCCUGUGACAGUUCUACACUGGUUUGACAAUGGCAGAUAGAAAAGGAAAACCUGCCACUUCCAUUAAAUCCCUCUCAAAGAAGGAACAAAUCCAGCUGAAGAAAAAGGAGGAAGAGAAGGCGGCGGAGGUUUUUGAAGAAUUUUUGGCGUCGUUUGAGAACAGCAAGAGGAGCGGAGUGAAAACCUUUGUCUGUGGAGGAAUAGUGAAUGCCACUAAAGAAGAGGAAGCGGCAGAUGAAAGGAAGAGUAAGUUGUAUCGACCCACUUCAAAGUUUGCCUCGGUGUCACAACCCGUCUCUCCAGCACCAAGCGCAGAGAGCAAAAAGUCUACCUUCAAAAGAAAGACAGACGAGAAGAAGAAGAGCAACCUCGAACUCUUCAAAGAAGAACUUAAACUAAUACAGGAAGAGCGCGAGGAAAGAUAUAAAAGGAAGAGAAAUGACCUGGGAGGAGGAAGUGGAGGAGGAGGAGGAGGAGGAGGAGAGGGAUAUGGAGAUCUUGACAUACCGCUGUCAGGACGAUCAACUUUAUACGACGACCUGAACCUGCCAGUCAGCACCAACCUCUACAUCAGCUGCAUCAGCCCCAAGAUGAAUGAGGAGAUACUGUGUAAAGAGUUUGGUAAGUACGGUCCACUGGCCAGUGUGAAGAUCAUGUGGCCCAGAACAGACGAGGAGCGCUGCAGGACGUCCAACAGAGCGUUUGUGGCCUUCAUGACGCGCAAAGAUGCAGAGAGAGCGCUGGCUGCACUGGACGGUAAAACAAUAAUGGGUUUUGAGAUGAAGCUGGGAUGGGGAAAACCAGCCCGUAUCCCCCCGCAGCCUCUCUUCAUACCGUCAGGGGUGAGGGUCACACCACCGCCCCCAUCUGGUCUACCUUUCAACGCCCAGCCGAGAGGUCGCUUCCGUAAUGACUUCACUAAACCACUAGGGGUUUCUAAAGGAGAGCUGGACAAGACUCUGCCCGAAGCCGUAGUCAAAGUGGUUAUCCCCACAGAAAGGAACCUAUUGUUCCUCAUUCACAGGAUGAUUGAGUUUGUGGUGCGUGAAGGUCCCGUGUUUGAAGCCAUGAUAAUGAACAAGGAGAAAAACAACCCAGACUACAGGUUCCUUUUUGACAACAAGAGCCAGGACCAUGUGUACUAUCGCUGGAAACUCUUCUCCAUCCUGCAGGGAGAAACUCCAACCGACUGGAGAACCACCGACUUCCGAUUGUUCCGAGGAGGCUCCUUGUGGAGGCCGCCUGUCCUGAAUAGUUACUUCCACAAGGGAGAGGAGUCGGAAGAGGAGGCAGAGGAGAAUUCGUCUCCGGAGGAGGAGGUGAAGAAAGGGCAGCUUAAAAAUGAGCACAAACACAGACUGGAGACGCUGCUUCAGGAGCUCACUCCCAGCAGAGAAGCCAUCGCCGACACCAUGUUGUUCUGUCUGGACCGAGCAGACGCAGCGGAGGAAGUGGUGACGCUCAUCGUCAAGUCCUUUUCCUCCAUUCAGACGCCGCUGCUGAAAAAGGUCGCCAGAUUGUAUCUAGUCUCCGACGUCCUGCAUAACUCGUGCGCCAAAGUCGCCGGUGCAUCAUAUUAUAGGAAAUAUUUUGAAACGAGCCUGGCCAAGGUUUUUAAAGACCUGAAUGCGGCCCAUAAAAACAUACAAGGCAGACUGCAGGCCGAGCAGUUUAAGCAAAAGGUCAUGAGUUGUUUCAGAGCGUGGGAAGACUGGGCCAUAUACCCCCAGCCUUAUCUCAUCCACCUGCAGAACAUCUUUCUGGGCUUCGUUGCAGCAGAGGAGGAGCCGACGGAGACGGCAGAGGUGGAGUCCUUCGACCUGGACGGAGCGCCGAUGGACGGCUCACGCAUCCAUGGCGUUCCUCUGGACAGAGCCGUGGCGGAGGACCUGGACGGCUGCCCUCUGGGCUGGGACCCUCUGGACGGAGUCCCUGUUGAUGACAUCGACGGUCUCCCUCUAGGGGUCGCCAAUGAUGACAUUGAUGGAAUGCCCUUGGACGACAGCAGCGUCCCUCUCUCCAGGAUGCCUCUGUCCAAGUGGGAGAAGAUCGGUGAUAGUAAAGUCAAGACCGACUCUAAGUGGGACUCGGUGUUAGAAGAGAAUGAAGAUGAUGCAAAUGAAAGCACCAACUCACAGGACAGUGACGAGGACUCGGAGAGCGAUGGCGCCGAUGAGCCGUCCAAAUAUCACAGCGCUGAUUUCCAAAGCUCCUUAAGAAGUUUCCAGAUGUCUGAGAGCAAGAGGAAGAGGCUGAGAGAACUGGAGGUUAAAGUUAUGAAGUUCCAGGACGAGCUAGAAUCUGGGAAAAAGUCCAGGAAGUCUGGAAUGACUAUUCAGCAACAGGUGGAGCUCUUCAGGAACAAGCUGCUGGAGUCGGAGUUCAAAAAAGAUGAAGACCUGAACCAGGAAACGCCGUCCAAGUCCAAAAGCAGGUCAAAGGAGGACAGACGGGAAAGAGAGAAAGGCAGAAGAAGUGAGGACGGAGACAGGAAAACAGGACGGAGCAGAGAGUCCGACGACAAGACUCCGAAGUCCGGGAGCAUUUCACCCUCAAGGAAAAGGUCUCCCAAGUGGUCCAAACGUUCCCGAUCUCCGUCUCCAGACCGGAAGACGGCGAAGUCUAAAUCCCGUUCCCCGCACCGGUCUCACAAGAAGACGAAGAAAAGCAAACACUGACUUUCACACAUUUUUCUUUCAACCCCCCAAAAAAAAACAAAACAAAAAAAAAAACCUUCUCACCCACUUCAUGUCUCUUUUGUAUCAUGAAGCUUGAAGAAAACUGUAACUAAUUAAAUCUAUUUUUGUUUUAAUAUUUGUUUUUAAAAGAACAAACCAGAGACGUUGACGUAAAAACUAAUAACAGCUCGUGGUGUGUUUGUUUGUGUGUGUGUGUGAGAGAGAGAGAGAGAGAGUGAGUGACGUUGACAAUGUUUAACAAGCUUCAAGGUGAAACACUUUAGGGUGGAGUUACUACAAAGUGAGACAGUAAAAAGUAUGCGAAGUGAGGGUGAAUUUAUUAUACUAUUUUAUUGAAGGAAAUGUGCUUCUUUUUUUCUCUUUUUUUUUAAAGAAAUGUAUCAAAAGUUGUGUGAAAACUGAAGACGCUCAGCCCAGUUCUUUGUUCUGUGAGCAGAUUUCUCUGUAUAAUAUUUUGUGUUUGCUGCUGAAAUGUUGGACAAUUUAAGGUUAAAGAGUUUGAGUGACGUGACAGGAGCUGGAUUAAGAAAAGCAGUGGAGGAUUAAGAGGCACAGACGUUUGGUGAACGACGUUUUUCCAAAACUGUACGGGUCACGUUUGUGACGUGGGACUGAAAGUGUCUCACACCUGUGAGGAGUUAAUUUUCUUAAAUCUAGUGAGGUGCUCAAACCGUUAACUGAACAGCGCCAUCGUCAGGGCAGAUUUAGUUUCUGUUCAAACCGCACCAAAAGUUUGGCAUUUCUCUGGAUAUUUUGUCUCCUCCUGAUGCCAAACCAUUCACAGUUGCUUGGUAAUAAAAAAUAAACUCAGAAAUGUUACAGUGAA